AUGCAAUAUCUUCAUGAUACCUUCAAAGAAAACAAAACACUUAUCAAAUUGAACCUCGAAGAAAAUCCUGGUAGCUACUGUGCAACUGUGAGUGCAGCAAUUCAAAUAUACAAUGAUAAAACAAUCACUAAAAUGGAUCUUCAUGGGAAGAGUAUUGGUGGCAUUACGAUGAAAUUUUUGACUGAUGCACUAAUCAACAAUGAAACAAUCAUCGACUUGGACCUUUCCUGGAAUAAAAUCGGAAUUAUUGGAACAAAAUAUUUAAGUGAUGUAUUACAAACGAAUCAAACACUUAUCAAGUUGGACCUUUCUCAGAAUAAAAUCGGAGAUAUUGGAAUAAAAGAUUUAGCUGGUGCUUUAAAAGACAACAAAGUACUCACCAUUCUUGAACUCGCUUACAAUAAAAUCCGAAACAAUGGAGCACAGUAUCUUAACGAUGCCCUCAAAGAGAACAAAACACUUAUUAAAUUGAACCUCGAAGGAAAUCCUGGUAGCUGUUGUACAACUGUGAGUGCAGCAAUUCAAAUACGAAAUGAUAAAGCACUGGUUACACUUGAUCUUUCGAGCAAUGCAAUUGGAGAUAUUGGGGCACAGCAACUAUUUAAUUCAUUGGAAACCAACAAAACAAUGAGAAAACUGAGAUUAACAGGGAAUAGGAGUAAAUAUUGUGAAGCUGUUGGAACAGCAAUUGGAAUACGAAAUGAUAAGACACUCACCAGUAUAGAUCUUCUAUGGAAAGAAUAUGGAGACAAUGAAAUAAAACUAUUGGCAAAUGAAUUAUACAACAACAAAACAAUCACUGAGUUGAACCUUCAGGAAAAUAAUAUAAGUGAUAUUGGAAUACGAUACUUGGCUGAUAUGUUACGAAACAAUGAGACACUUACUACACUUAGUCUUCAAUCGCAUCAAAUUGGAGAUAUUGGAGCACAACACUUCGCUGUAGCCUUGCAAAACAACAAAGUAACGAACUUUUUGAGUCACUUGAUAUUGACUAAUCUUGAUUGUUAUACGUUAGAUACUCAAAGAAUUGAACCUUUACAACAACAAAGUAUCGAUCAAACUACAAGAUCAUUUGAAGAUGAACGAUGA